GGCCCGGCACUCGGCGCCGCCGCCAACUUCGGCCGGGAGCCGCGCUCGGUGCCGCGGGGAGCGCAGCGCCGGCAGCGAGCCCCGCUCCCCUCUGGCCGCCGGCGGGGGCUCGGCCCGGCCCGCGACCCCCGGGCAGGUGCGUCCCCUCGCGGUGCCGCCGAGCGGGGCGCGGAGCCCCGAGCCCGCCGCGGGCGCCGCUCACCUGCGCCGCCGCCGCCCGGGGCCGCGGCGCCCCGGAGAUGCAGGGCGCCCCGUCCCGGCGGCCGGCUCCGCGGGGGCUGCCCCCGCAGCCCACCAUGACCGGGCCCAGGCUGGCCCUCGCCGCCGCGCUCCUCUGCAGCUGCACCUCGCCGGUGGCCGACGCCAGCUCCUGGUGGUCUUUGGCCAUGAACCCCAUCCAGAGGCCUGAGAUGUACAUCAUCGGCGCCCAGCCGGUGUGCAGCCAGCUGCCGGGGCUGUCUCCCGGGCAGCGCAAGCUCUGCCAGCUCUACCAGGAGCACAUGGUGUUCAUCGGGGAGGGGGCCCGCAGCGCCAUCAAGGAGUGCCAGUACCAGUUUCGGCAGCGGCGGUGGAACUGCAGCACGGUGGACAACACUUCCGUCUUCGGGAGGGUCAUGAAAAUAGGCAGCCGGGAGACGGCGUUCACGUACGCGGUGAGCGCGGCGGGCGUGGUGAACGCCAUCAGCCGCGCGUGCCGCGAGGGCGAGCUGUCCUCGUGCGGCUGCAGCCGCGCCGCGCGCCCCCGCGACCUGCCCCGCGACUGGCUGUGGGGCGGCUGCGGCGACAACGUCGAGUACGGCUACCGCUUCGCCAAGGAGUUCGUGGACGCCAAGGAGAGGGAGAAGAACUACGCCCGCGGCUCGGAGGAGCAGGCGCGCAUGCUGAUGAACCUGCAGAACAACGAGGCUGGCCGCAGGGCCGUGUACAAGCUGGCGGACGUGGCCUGCAAGUGCCACGGCGUGUCGGGCUCGUGCAGCCUCAAGACGUGCUGGCUGCAGCUGGCCGACUUCCGCAAGGUGGGCGACCUGCUCAAGGAGAAGUACGACAGCGCCGCGGCCAUGCGGAUCAGCCGCAAGGGCAAGCUGGAGCUGGUCAACAACCGCUUCAACAUGCCCACCCAGGAGGACCUGGUGUACGUGGACCCCAGCCCGGACUAUUGCCUGCGCAACGAGACCACGGGCUCGCUGGGCACGCAGGGCCGCCUGUGCAACAAGACCUCGGAGGGCAUGGACGGCUGCGAGCUGAUGUGCUGCGGCCGGGGCUACGACCAGUUCAAGAGCGUGCAGGUGGAGCGCUGCCACUGCAAGUUCCACUGGUGCUGCUACGUCAAGUGUAAAAAGUGCACAGAGAUCGUCGACCAGUACGUCUGUAAAUGAGAGGAGCCGCCAAAGCAACAAAUCUAUAUUAUAUAAAUCUAUAUAAAUAUAUUUUAUAUUUGUAUAAAUAAACAGAUGGUGAUAAUAAUUAAAGAAGCUUAUUUAAGAGA